AUGGACUGCACGGAGAUGGGAUACCAGAAAGGGUUGCGGUUUCGCAAUCUUCCGAAACAAUGCCAUCAGUUGGUUCUUUCUCGAGUGGCCCUCCAGGCGCUGGUGAAGCUGCGCUAUGUGAAUAAGAUUUUCUACAAUCGUUCCCUGCUGGCGAUGGUGAUGAACAUGCGAUGGCUCGAAUUUCGAUGUGAAUUCAGCGACAAAAAUUUGGCAUUACGAUGGCAUGGAGAAAAUGGCAAUUUGGUUGUAAUGUUCACUACUCGGCGAAGUUUGGCCAGCGUUGAACCAUUCGAGGACCCGCCUACACAAGUUGUUCACAGACAACCCUGGAGGGAGCGGAAAAUCGAGUCGGCCUUCAACUACGUCUUCAACUACCGUAGCAGGGAACAAGUUCAACACAUGCUGGGUAUUUACCCCAAAAAGUCGAUGGUGGCACGGAUGGUUCUUGAUAUCCCCCGAAUGGGCCGCUGCCCAAAUCAUAGCGCAUCAAGGCAACGUUGCGAUUGCCCGACCGACAUGACGAAUAUGCAUGGAUUGUUCGGAAACCACCCGUUUGUCGAAAUACUAUCUCUCGCCGAAUAUCCCCGUAAAUCCUGGAAUUACAUGCUGGACGUCAUCUCGGCUGCCAUCGCGAAACUCGAUGUCAAUGAUAAAUCCAGAAGAUUGAUCGCCUUCAGCGCGAUCGAAUUGUGCUACCUCGACAGGCGGAAAAAAGCCAGAAGAACGCACGGGCUGUUCCCUGAAGUUGGGCGUCGGCUGGAAGGCGUCCUCUCCGACAGAUGGCAACUAUUCUCGGCCAUCAUAGUUGACGGCGAUUUCAAGAUAAUACAGGGUCUGCGUUGCCGAAGCGACUACGUGCUCCCCACUCUUUACCAGGAGUAUGUUGGAGCGGUCAGCAUCCCUAAUCCUGGCAACAAGAGUAUAGCGAAAGGGAUACGAUCGAUGCUGAUUUUGGCACAGAACUACGGUGCAGGCGUCGAAGCCAAAAAAACGGUGCACGCUGAUGCUUGUAGGGCAAAAUUUAUCAGAGCAUCGGACAAAUUGAAGCGACGAUGGCCGGAAGGUGGAGAUCAGCCGCUUCCGUUUCAGUGG